UUAUUCUGUUAAGAGUUUGUUUGGCUCAACUAACUCUCUCUCUCUCUCUCUCUAUAUAUAUAUAUAUAUGAUGCACAGUGUAAUAUUCAUAACAGUUAAAAAAAAUAUAGUGACAGAUUCAGUUUUCUCUCUGUGUGAGUGUGUAUGUGUGUUAUGGAGUUUCCUGACGUUGAUGAUAAUAUUUAUCUUGACGACCUUGAUGAUAUGGACAUGAGUUCAAAUGUGAAUGAAGUAAAACCUUCAUCGAGCAAUUUGGUAAAAAGAGAGAGAAAGAAUGUAGAGAAUCGUUUUGAGGAGUCAGUAAACUCUAAUUCUAUAGUUAUGCGAAGUGAUUCACAGCAUGUGAAAGAAGAAAACACGGAAGUUGAAUCCAGGGUGAAACAAGAUAGUUUCCCUUGCUCAGAGUAUGAAAAGGAGAAACCAGAAUUAAAGGGACCUAUAACGACUUUCUCCCAAUAUAAAGAAUAUGUGCAGGAGUACCGUCAUAAACAUGGGAGUUAUAUCUCCCUGCACAAGAUUUUGGAGGAUUUCAGGGCUGAGUUUAAGAAACUAGGCGAAGAGUUAGAAAAUGCUAAAAGAAAUGGCCAUAUGGAUAGACAUGAACAAAUUUCAAAACAAAUUAAGGAAACCUAUCUGCGAUACGGUUCUAUACACAAGAGACAGAAGAAAAUAUUUAUAGUUCUUCAUGAAGAACUGAAGAAUAUUAAUCAAAGGAUUAAAGACUUUGUUGCGUCCAAGAGAAAGUGAAAAUUUUGGUAGAGCCGUAUAUUUGUACAUAAAUUGAUUUUGUUUAUGCCUAGGUCUGAGACUUUUUUUGGAUUAGCAUAAUCUUCAUUUUUUUCAUGUCUGGAUAAAUGUAAUAUUUUUCUUGUCAAACAAGUUUAGAUUGUUUCAACCUCCACAUUUAUGGCCAAAUUUGAGACUGAAAUUUCAAGCUCAUAAGCCAUAGAAAUGAAUAAAAAUAGAAAGGCACAUUCUUCAUUU